AUCAAAUUGCACUGGCCUUGGGAGGACAGACACUCAUGCUCAUACUGCGGUGGCAUCACUGCCCACCAGGGUGCGGUAGCUUCGUGACAUUUGCGUGGCGACUAAAACGUGCUCAUCUGCCCUCUCCCAACCUCAUCAUGCCGCCUGAGACGAGACGAACCAGGUCAGCUGCGACCGCUGCCAGCCAAAAGGCCAAGGCUUUGGCCGCAACAGUCGCGUCGUCUCCAUCCCCAGCCCCGACCAGCGCGGCCUCUACUCCUCCGCCAAACAAAGCCACCGCCGCCGCCGCCAACUUAACGGGCGGCGGGGACUCCACCGCCCCCUCGCCACCCGUCAUGAUGUUCCCCGACGCCCGGGCGUUCGAGGCGUGGCUGGAGCAGAACCCGGACGACACGGCCGGCCUGUGGCUCAAGUUCGCCAAGAAGGGCUGCGACACGCCGACCGUCACGUACGACGAGGCCCUCGACGCCGCCCUGUGCUUCGGCUGGAUCGACAGCCAGGUCCGGCCGCUCGACGCGCGCUUCUACCUGCAGCGCUUCACCCCGCGCCGCCGCCGCAGCCUCUGGUCCAAGCGCAACGUGGCAAAGGUGGCGCGCCUCACCGCCGCGGGCCGCAUGCGCGCGCGAGGCCGGGCCGAGGUCGACACGGCCGUGGCGGACGGCCGAUGGGGGCGCGCCUACUCGUCGGGCGCCAACGUCGAGGUGCCGCCGGACCUGCAGGCCGCGCUGGACGCCGACGGGCGCGGCGCCGCCGCCUUCUUUGCGGGGCUGGGCAAGACGAAGCGCUACUCGAUCCUGUGGCGCAUCGAGACGGUCAAGCGGGAGGAGACGAGGCGGCGCAAGAUCGCGCAGUUUGUCGACAUGCUCGCCAGGGGAGAGACGAUAUAG